AGAAUAAAUGCUUAUAUAGCAUUUCUUCAAUUCCGAAUUAAAUCAGUUGAUUGGGAACCAUUCAACGCCACGGUUAUAGUUCGAGAGUGAAAGUGCAGAAGAUUUCGAAGACACAAUGAAAUUAUUUUUGGCUUUGUUGGCCAUUGUUGCCUGUGUCUCGGCCGACGAUUGGACACCCAAGACCGCUGAUGAAAUCAAAACCAUCCGCGCUGCUUGCUUGGAAGAAGUUCCACUAACCGAGGAGCAAAUGAAUCACAUGAAAUCUUUCGAUUUCCCCAAUGAGGAAGCUGUACGCAAAUACUUGAUGUGCACCUCCGUGAAGAUGGACAUCUUCUGCACCCACCAAGGUUGGCAUCCCGAUCGUAUUGCCAAACAAUUCAAAAUGGACAUGGAAGAGAGUGAUGUCAAGAAAUUGGCCGAUGAUUGUGUUGCCAAAUACCCCAAGGCCGAUAAGGAGAAUGAUGUUCAUGUCUAUGAGGUUCACAAGUGUCUUAUGGACAGUGAAGUUGGCCAAAAAGUCAAAACCUACAUUAAGAAACGUCAAGAACAAUUGUCGAAACAGGCCUAAAUAAAAUGAAAAUCUUAAAAACAAGAGUCACUGGGUUAUACAUAUAUAUCUAGAAUAUAUUAGAUUUUUUAUGGGAAACUAUAGUUUAUACAUCUCCAAUUAAAAAUAAUGAAUGCGUCACAUUGUUUACGGGUGGGGUUUAGUUUUCAAAAUAUGGCUAUUUCGAAUGAUUGUCGAAAACAAGACCAAAACUUUUUUUACAUAACUGCCUGACAAAACCACCAUCCAAUCCAGUCAAUUGCAGAUUUUAUAAAAAAUGCACAUAUAUCAAGAACAGCAAUUCCAUCUAUAUAGGCGAUCAUUCUAAAUUUCCAUAUUUUAAAAACUUCAUCAAACUUUCUGUGACCGAUGUGCGCCAAUUCAUUUGCCAAAUAUUUAAAUUUAAUUCAUAAACAAAUCAAGUAAUCUAAGAACACUAAGAAUAACUGUGGAAUAAUAUUAUAUAUAUAUAUACAUAUAUGUUUUUUUAAUUAUUUUUUAAAAAGCACAAGUAAAUAAAUGGUUAAGCAAGCUUUAAAA